UCUCCACUCUUCGAAUUCUAAAAGGAGUUCUUUUUUCAUUCAAAUCCAUCGACUCCAUUUCUGGUUCCUGCAGAAAGGCCACAGCUUUAUGUGCAAAUACUAAAAAUUCCCUGCAAAGUGGGAAAGCUCACUUGGACACCCAUUUGUGUAGGAUAAGGAAGUGCUAAUAAAAGAUAUGGAGGAUUGGAGGGAGGGAGAGUGGGUGUGGAAGUGGAGAUGGAAUAGGGAGCUACUAGGACAUGAUCAUACUGUUUUGCAGGAACUCAUUGAGCUGCUCAAGAAGAAAAAAUUAAAACAAAGGAAACAAGAUCAAUGGAGAUGGAGGCACAACUCGAUGGGUAGUUACGCUACAAAAUCAGCAUAUAAUGAAUUAUCAAAUGAUACAAGGCAGCUGGAUCUGGUACAGUAUAGCAGAAUAUGGAAUAAGGAUGUACCACUGAAAGUAUCAGCUUUUGCUUGGAAGGCCCUCCAAAAUAGGAUUCCCACAAGAGAUAAUUUGCAAAAAGAGGUAUUGUGGGAACUGAAUCUGAUUUCUCUUGUGUUUUGUGCGGAUACAACCAGGAAUCUGUUAACCACCUAUUCUUCACGUGUGCAACAAGGUGGAAGAUUUGGCAAUCAUGCUGUGCGUGGUGGGGUUUCCAAUUUGCUUCAUCAAAUGAAGGAUGGGGCCAUCUUCAACAACAUAUGGGUAUGGUUUUAAACGAAAGAGUCAAGAUAGCAUGGAAUGUGAUCUGGUUUACUGUACUGUGGUCUAUUUGGCUUUGGAGAAACCAGCUGAUCUUCAAGGAAGGCGCUGAACCCCUUGAGUAUGUGGUGAACUUAAUCAAGCUAAGAUCCUUUU